ACCCACAUUAAGUGAACCAAACCUUCGUUCUCUCGAUGACAUUUCGAUUCGUCAAAUAUUAGUUCUUUUUAUUUCUUCGGGCUGCGUGUGAAGAAGAAAAUAAUUCAAGAUGGGUAAAGGAAAUAAUAUGAUCCCGAAUGCUCAUUUCCAUAAAUACUGGCAACAACAUGUGCGAACAUGGUUCAACCAACCGGCCAGGAAGCAACGAAGACGUCAGAAUCGUAUCAAAAAAGCGAAAGCUUUGUUCCCACGUCCAGCGGCUGGUCCACUUCGUCCGGUUGUUAGAUGUCCAUCAAUUCGUUACCAUACCAAAUUGCGUAUUGGACGAGGUUUCUCCGUUGAAGAAUUGAAAGGUGCAAAAAUCACACCAAAGUUUGCACAAACAAUCGGCAUUGCUGUUGAUUAUCGUCGCCGCAACAAAUCGGUCGAAGGCAUUCAGGAAAAUGUCCAACGGCUCAAAGAAUACAGAAGCAGAUUGAUCUUGUUCCCGAUCCACGACAAGAAGAAGUUGCGCAAGGGUGAAGCCACAGAAGAGGAACGCAAACUUGCUACACAAUUCCAAGGACCAAUUUUGCCUCUGUCGAAACCGGAACCAGUUGUGGAAUUCAGAAAGAUCACUGACGAUGAGAAGAAAUUCUCUGCUUUCCAUACACUUCGCCGGGCUCGUGUUGAUGCCCGUCUUAUUGGUAUUCGAGCUAAGCGCGCCAAGGAAAAUGCCGAAAACGCAGAAGAUCAGAAAAUUGGCAAAGAAAAGAAAGCAAAGAAAUGAGCUUUUCGACAUCAAUGUAAAAUAAUGAAAUAAAAAUUUUCAUUUCAUUU